AUGGCAAAAUAUUUCCCACAGGCUUUGAGAGAUUUCAAGGAAUCAGAAUUUUUGCAGCUCAGACAAGGGAGUAUGUCACUUACUGAUUAUGAAAGACAGUUUGAGCAGCUCUCAAGGUAUGCCCCGCACUUGGUGGAUACAGAAGUUAAGAAGAUUAGGAGGUUCGAGAAUGGACUGCGCCCUGAGAUCGGCAUGAUCAUUAUGUCCCAUCGUUUCACCUCAUAUCGUGAAAUGUUGGAGAGGGCUCAUGCUAUUUCAUAUCAGAGGACCUCAUUUGAACAGUAUGCCCAGCAGAGCAAGGAGUCAUCGGGAAAAAGAAAGUGGAAUGAUCCAAACAAGGACAGAUGUAAUUGGCAGAGUAAAAGGCCAAACACAGGAGUUCGUAUUGGUGGAGCGAGUGGGAAUAUUACACUGUGUCCUAAGUGUAAUAAACUCCACAGGGGUGAAUGCUUACUCGGGAAGAACAUGUGUUUUCGAUGUGGUAAGCCAGGGCACAUUGCUCUCAACUGUACAGAGCCACCAAAAAGGAAGGAUGAUGAUCAGGACAAGAACAAGAAAGGAAAGGCCCGAGUUUUCGCACUAAAUCAGCAUGAGGCGGAGUAG